AUGUACUUGAAGCUGAUUCCUGAAUUCUGCAAAGUUGACUUGAAGAGUCUAAUGCUACAUACAAGUAUACAUCCAAGACAUAGGUUCACAAUUUGGCUAGCAGCACAGCAAAGACUAUCAACAGUAGACGUGUUAUUGAAAUUUGGUAUACAUGUUCCUACAGGGUGUGCAUUCUGUGGGCAUAGUCUAGAAUCCUUCAACCACUUAUUCUUUGAAUGCUCAAUCACAAAGAAUCUGUGGUCUAGACUAUGCUUCUGGCUGGGACAUAGGAGAAAUAUUGCUGAUUGGGAAGCUGAAAUGGAUUGGAUAUGCAAGAAAGCAAAAAGCUGGAAAGGGAUAAAUGCUAUAACCAGCUGUGUUUUUGCCAGUACCAUUGCACUGGUCUGGAGGGAAAGGAACAAAAUUAGAUUUGAAAAGGGUAAAUAUGAUGAGAACCAGGUCUGCAGGGAGAUAGCGUUGCACAUUCACAUCAGAGGCAAGAAAUACAACAAGUGGAAAGGAGCAUUACAGCAUUUGGAUAGGAUUCCAUAA